AAACUGAUUUAAAUCUCACUUGGUUAAAUAACUCUGCAGCUGGACUCACCUGACUAUCUUCUUCUUGUUCUUGGGGCAUAGCAGAACAUGUGAAAAUGGCAGGAAGGCAGAUGAUGCCGAGAUCCAAAUCAAGAAUCCUUCUCUUCUCACUCUCUCUCCUCGUCUUCUCUCUCCUUUUCUUCCUCUCCUCCUUCCAACAAGGCACCCGCCUUCCUCCCACCUCCCGCCACUCCCUCACCACCGCCACCACCGCCGAAACAUCUUUCGUCGCCUCCCUCGACCACUUCCUCGCCAACAAAUCCCCUUCCACUAAAGACGACACCGCUAGCCCCGAUGCUGACGUCACCCCCCUCGACGACGCCGUUUCCCGCUCCGAAGCGGAUCGCCUCUACUCCGAUCCCUACUACCCGGUCGGACUUCCACUUAGGGUUUACGUCUACGACAUGCCGAAAAAGUUCACCUACGAUCUUCUCUGGCUCUUCCAGAAUACAUACAAAGACACCUCCAAUCUCACCUCCAAUGGCAGCCCCGUUCACCGUCUCAUCGAACAGCAUUCUAUUGAUUACUGGCUUUGGGCGGAUCUGAUUGCUCCUCCGUCGGAGAGGCUGUUGAGAAGCGUUGUUAGGGUCCACCGACAAGAGGAGGCUGAUUUGUUCUACGUACCGUUCUUCACAACUAUAAGCUUCUUCCUCAUGGAGAAACAGCAAUGCAAGGCGCUUUAUAGGGAAGCUUUGAAGUGGAUGACUGAUCAACCUGCAUGGAAGCGCUCCGGUGGAAGAGAUCACAUACUUCCUAUUCAUCAUCCUUGGUCUUUUAAGUCUGUUCGCAGAUACGUGAAGAAUGCCAUAUGGCUGUUGCCAGAUAUGGAUUCCACUGGGAACUGGUACAAGCCAGGACAGGUUUAUCUCGAGAAGGACCUGAUCCUUCCUUAUGUUCCCAAUGUUGAAUUGUGUGAUGCCAGAUGUCUGUCAGAAACGAAUCCAAAGAGAAGCACACUACUUUUCUUUCGUGGCCGUCUCAAAAGAAAUGCGGGAGGAAAGAUUCGCUCUAAACUUGGAGCUGAAUUAAGUGGAGCUGAUGAUGUGGUUAUACAGGAGGGAACAGCUGGAGAAGGAGGAAAAGAAGCAGCUCAAAAUGGCAUGCGCAAGUCUCUAUUUUGCUUAAGCCCAGCUGGUGACACUCCAUCCUCUGCUAGAUUAUUUGAUGCUAUUGUUAGUGGAUGCAUUCCAGUUAUAGUGAGUGAUGAGCUGGAGCUUCCUUUUGAAGGAAUACUUGAUUACAGGAAGAUAGCCUUGUUUGUCUCUUCCGUUGAUGCUGUGAAGCCAGGUUGGCUUCUAAACUUUUUGAAAGGCAUUAGUGCUGCUCGUAUAAAAGAAAUGCAACAAAAUCUUUCCAAGUACUCAAGGCAUUUCCUGUAUUCUAGUCCAGCUCAACCAUUGGGUCCUGAAGACUUGGUUUGGAGAAUGAUGGCUGGGAAGGUGGUGAACAUCAAGCUUCAUUCCCGAAGAUCACAACGUGUAGUUCAAGGGUCUAGAAAUGUUUGCACUUGUGAAUGCAGACCUGGCAACGUCACU